AUGAGUCUACUAUCAUGGGUUUUCGGAUCGAGUAUGACUCCUCAAGAACGAAUGAGGAAGAACCAAAGGGCAUUAGAGCGGGCACAAAGAGAACUUGAAAGAGAGAAGAAGAAGCUAGAAGCUCAGGAAAAAAAAUUGAUUCAAGAGAUUAAGAAGUCUGCUAAGAAUGGUCAAGUCAAUGCAGCUAAAAUCCAAGCCAAGGAUUUGGUUAGAACCAGGAAAUAUACCGAAAAAUUCGGUAAUAUGAAAACACAACUACAAGCAAUUUCACUAAGAGUUCAAGCUGUCAGGAGUAGUGAUCAAAUGGCUGUUUCUAUGAGGGAAGCUACCGGCCUAUUGGCUGGUAUGAAUAGAUCAAUGAAUUUACCACAGUUGCAAAGGAUAUCGAUGGAGUUCGAAAAGCAGAGUGAUUUAAUGGAGCAAAGGCAAGAAUUUAUGGAUGAAUCUAUUGAUGAUGUCAUGGGUGAUGAAUUAGAUGAGGAUGACGAAGCGGACGAGAUUGUGAAUAGAGUCUUGGAUGAAAUUGGAGUAGAUCUAAAUUCAAAGUUACAAACUGCUCCACAGGAUCUGGUAAAGAACGAACAGGCUGCAGCUGAACCUGCAAGAGCGGUUGCUGAGGCGAUAGGAUCUUCGGGUGACGGUCCAGGACCCGUCACUGGGUCUACUACGGAUGAUGAACUACAAGCCAGACUUAACAGUCUAAAACGCUGA